AUGAGACUCUAUCCAGUUAUAUUCCUUCUUUCAGUUGUCAUCUAUACAAAGGCUCAAGCUCCUCCAGACAGCUUAAUCUACCCCAAGGAUUAUGCAGAACUGGGUAAGGAGAACACCCUUAUCUGCUCCAUGAAUCAUUUUUACCCUCCUGCUGUGAAAGCCAAAUGGACCAAGAAUGACAUAGAGGUGAAGGAGGGAGUGACUCUUGGCAGGUACUACCCUAAUAAUGAUGGCACAUUCAACCAGUUCUCCACCCUGAGCUUCACUCCAGAGGAGGGGGACAUCUAUACCUGCACUGUGGAGCACAAGGCACUAACUGAACCCCUAACCAGGAUCUGGGAGCCUGAGGUGAGCCCACAGGCUGGUGUUGGAGCUACAGUCUUCUGAGGAGUGGGGCUUACUGUGGGGCUUCUGGGAGUGGCCACUGGAACCUUCUUCUUCAUUAAAGGAAACAACUGUAACUGA